AUGAUGAUGCAAGUAAAAGCUAGCGCUCCGAAGAUGGACCGCAACGGUUAUUUCUUCUACGUCACAUCAACUGCGAAAAAGAAAAAAAUAAGCCUAAUGCAACCUCGACCUCCGCGCGUAGCUUUCGUUGACGAGAAAAAGCGUCCCGGGGUAGCUGAAAGAGUCCAAAGCUCAGUCAGUACGGCUCCGUGUGCCGGAGAGUUUACACGCGUGGGAUUUAUGACGCAACGCGGUCUGUCGCCGGCGCCACGCGCGCGUUUGUAUUCGCAACUUGAAAGCUAUCAACCGAGAUAUCAUACGAUUCGUGAUAAUGGUGAUAAAAGAGUGGAAAGUGAGUGUAGAAGGAGAAAAAAGGAGCAGAAGGUGAUCGGAUACCAGCAAGUUUUAAGGUAA